AUGACGAUGCCAGGCAACAAGGAUGAGAAGCAAGCGAUGCCGUCCAGCCCUCAAGAUCUAGCGACGGCAUACCGUGAAAUCACCAAGGGUGAGCAGACGGCCACGCAACUCGAGGCCAACCUCACGAACCUCGAGUCCAAGCUCGACGCCAUGCUGGCCGCGUUCGAGCAACAACAAGGCUCACCAGCACCACCGGCCCAGGGAGGAAGAACCGACGGAGGCAAGCCCGCGAGCUCAGAAAGCACCAAUAGUGGUGGCAAAGGCACCCAAAGCUAA